AUGACCGAUGAGAACGCUCAUCUUGCUCUUAAGAAGCGGCGUACUACGCUCAAGAGUUCGUGCACGCGGAUUCGCACUUAUGUCGAUUCAGUGCGCGACGUAUUUGCGUCGGUGGCAGCGCAGCUGCAAGAGCGUAGGCUUAAGUUAGAUCAGUAUUGGUCAGAAUAUAACCAAAUCCAAUUGAAUCUUGAACUAAUUGACGAAAGCGAAACUAAUGAUCGCGCUACCUUUGAGGAUGCAUUUUACGGAUUAUGUGCCAAAAUUCGCGAAUUGCUAAGUCCGUCAUCAUUCACAUCACGCAACGCAACGGCGUCGCCGUCCACGUCGAGCGUUCGAGAAUUAUCUGACAACACGAUGCACGUUCGUUUGCCGAAGCUCAAUCUUCCUACGUUUUCGGGUAGCUACGAUGAGUGGUUCCCGUUUCAUGAUAAUUUUAAUUCUGUCAUACAUACAAACGUCUCGCUUAAUAACGUUCAGAAAUUUCAGUAUUUGAAAGCCUCGCUCACCGGAGAUGCAGGUAACGUGAUUAACGCGUUGGAAAUGACUGACGGAAAUUACGCGGUUGCUUGGACGUUACUUUGCGAACGAUACGAUAACAAACGUGUCAUUGUAGAAAACCAUGUGAAAGCUCUCGUGGAUACGCCUCAUAUCAUCAAGGAGAAUGCGAAAGAACUGAGGAAGCUCGCGGAUGAUGCCUCAAAGCAUUUGCACGCACUGCAAGCAAUGAAAUGUCCAACUGCGCAUUGGGACGAUUUGCUUGUAUACAUAUUAAAAUCAAAACUUGAUAAGGUUACUUUAAGAGAGUGGCAGGCCUCGCUUACGGGCACCGAGCGGCCCACGCUGAAACAGUUCUUGGAUUUCGUUGCGCACCAGUGUCAAACUCUAGAGGCUACUGAUAGGUCGGGCGGUAACAAUACAAAGAACAUUGGCGCCAAGCAUCCGCCGAGUGAUAAGCGUCAAUCAUCAUGCGCCGCGACCGUCAAAAUCAAUUGCUACUAUUGCAAGGGUAAUCAUUCCAUUUACAACUGUAAAGAUUUUUUAGCGCUGUCGGUCUCGCGCAGAAUAUCAGAAAUUCGCAGCCGGAAGGUGUGCCUCAAUUGUUUGAGGGCUACAUCACACACGUCGGCCAAAUGCACUUCAGAGCAGUGCAAGGUAUGUCAUCAGAAGCACAACACGUUGCUUCAUCUAGAAUCCGCAUUGGUAGAAACGGCUGAUAAGAACGCAAGCAAGUCCGAAGAUUCAAAAUCGGUUAGCGCGUCGUCGACCGUGGCGACAUAUUCUUCGGAUCCAAUCACGAAUGACAACAUUCUGUUAUCAACCGCCUUGAUUUACGUGCCGGACAGUGAGGGCACUCUCAUGCCGUGUCGCGCGUUGCUGGAUUGCGGUUCCCAGGCAAAUUUCAUCUCUUCUAAAUUCCUGUCGAUGCUCAAAAUAAACCCGCGGCGUGUAAACAUGUCUAUCUCUGGGGUGGGUGGCACUGCCACGACAUCCACGCGAGCGGCUCGAAUCAGGGUUCAGUCCCGACUGAGUUCGUACAAUGCCGACAUUGAGUGCAUAGUAACGGACAGCGUGACUGACAAGCUUCCAGCGUGCUCGUUUAGCCGAGGUAGUUUUGAAUUUCCACGUAAUAUCAAGCUCGCGGACCCGCGGUUCCACGAGUCGUCGGACAUCGACAUUUUGCAUGCAGAGCUGGACAGGUUCUGGCAGAUCGAUGAUAUGACAAGUCAAAAUAAAGAAUACACGAUCGAGGAACGGGCUUGCGAACUGCAUUUUUUGGGCAACGUUCGUCGAAACGAGCAAGGCAGGUUCACGGUCAGUUUGCCUGUCAAAGAGAGCUUAGCCAAUGAGCUCAGUCAAUCCCGCGAAAUCGCGUUAAACCGGCUAAAGGGAUUGGAAAGGCGAUUCAAACGUCAACCGGAGAUUAAAAUCUCAUAUUCCAAGUUCAUAAAUGAGUAUUUAAUGCUAGGGCACAUGCGCUUAGUAGAGUCACCGGAAAACAAAGACUUGCCAUCUUGUUUCCUACCUCACCAUUGCGUAUUUAAAAAUACUGCACAGGUCCCGAAAAUUCGGGUCGUAUUCGACGCGUCUUGCAAGGUGGUGGGAUCUCUCUUAACGACGCCUUGA